AUGCCAUGUACACGCACAGACAAACAGGCGCGCCACCGUGUCCCCCGCGAAAAGCAGGGAGGUGGGCCGAUGUGGUUGGGUCGUGAGCUUAUGUGCCGUGGUGCAUGUGUAUGGUGGGUUGGGAGCGGUGUGUGUAGCAUACAUACAUUAGAAGUACAUUGUGUUGGGGGAAAAUGGGGACAGGGCUAA